AUGCAAUUUGAUGAGCUUCGUCCACAUUUGGAACGUGCUGCUCAAAAUAUGCAAAUAACUCUAAGUAUAGUCCAAAUGCAUAAAAUUUUUGAACUUUAUGAACAAUUACGUCAAAGAGUUGGUGUAAUAAUUGUUGGGCCACCAGGAACUGGGAAAUCUACACUUUGGCAUUUGCUACAGGGAGCUUUGUCUAACAGUGGUUUUCAAAUGAUCGAUGUCUACAAAAUGAAUCCAAAAUCAAUGCCUCGUUCACGACUUCUUGGAAAUUUGGAACCAGACACACGUGAAUGGACGGAUGGAACACUAAGUCAAGCCUCUCGCGUUGCAACUCGAGAUCCAGGGAAACCUGCUUGGAUUGUUUGUGAUGGAGAUGUUGAUCCAGAAUGGAUUGAAGCUUUAAAUUCUGUUUUGGACGAUAACCGUUUAUUGACUUUACCUUCUGGAGAACGAAUACAAUUCGGUCCAAAUGUCAAUUUUAUUUUUGAAUGUGUUGAUCUGAGUCAUGCUUCUCCAGCAACUAUCUCUCGUGUAGGGAUGAUUUUAUUGAGUAGAGAAGAUUUGCCUUUGAAAUCUGUUAUUGACAGGUUUAUUGUGCAAUACGGGCAUUCCUUACCAGCCCAAUUAGCUGAUUGGAUUGGCAAGCAUUUAGUGCCAGCCGUUGAAUGGACCUUUGAACAUCUUAAUAGGGACUUUAUGUGUAGUCAAGUCGGUAUCGUAAAAAAUGUCCUGUCACAAAUAAGAUAUAUCCAAACAAUAAAUCAAUUUUUGGUUUAUGUUCUGAGAACUUUACUUCCUUAUAUUGAAUUUGAUUCGAGAAAUGAAUUUGCUGAACGUGUAGUAUUUAAUGGAAUAAGUUUGCCUGAUCCAAGAGCGCCUUUGAAUAUUUUUGCUGAUUCUCGUAGUGAUCUUUUGAUGGCCUAUAGUGAAGAUGAUGGAAAUAUUCUAACAACAUUUGAUAAUUUAAAUAUUUUAAUAAGUCCAAGAAUGCAAACAGCAAGAGAAACACUUCUUAAAUGGCUCCAAAUUAAUAAAACGCAACAAAAUAAAAUAAACGAAUCAGAAAUAAUUUCUUUUUAUCCAAAAUUCGAAAAUAUUCUUUUAUUAGGGCCGGACGGUUCUGGUAAAGAAUAUUUGUUGAAAAGUUGUUUUGAAGAAACUGGGAUAUUACAAAGAACUUGUCUUUUAACAAUGCAUUGUGGAGCACAAAGUAAUGCUUUACAUAUUGAACAAUUGUUGUUAGAACAUUGUGUUCAAGUAAGCGGCAGUGGAGGUUCGAGCGGGCGUGUGUUAAAGCCAAAAGAACAUGAACGAUUAUUAUUACAUUUAAAAUCUCCAAAUCUUUCUGCAACAGAUAUUUACGGCACUUCCCAAUUAAUUGCUUUUCUUGAGCAAGCAUUGGACUACAAUGGGUUUUAUGAUAAAAAUUUAGAAUGGAUUGGAUUAGAAAAUGUCCAAAUUAUUUUAAAUGUUUCAACUGCAAGUGGAGCAGAAAGAUUUCCUUUACCAGAAAGGUAUCUAAUUUUAAUACGAUAA